CAACCACCCGGUAUAAGUGAACUUCAAACGAAGUCACUGAGCUCAGGUGACAAUCGGAACAUUCAUGAUCAAAUCGUGGGUGAUGAAGACAACUACUAUGGACGUGACUUGGAUAAUUUUGCUCGCAACGCUGAGUUUUCAGGUUGGUGUGGGCAAAGCGAACUGUAUUUGGUAUGACGAAUGUAAAGAUACAAGCACAGGAAAGCAAAAUUGUGCCUAUAAUGGGACAGCUAAACCUCUCACAGACCCCACUGCCUUAGCACGACUGAAGCACUACUGUCCUGGACUAUACAAAGGUCCCAACUCAACAGAGACCUGCUGCAGUCCGGCCCAAAUGUAUACCAUUGAGACAAACAUGGGCCUUCCAGAGCAACUUCUACGUCGCUGUCCAUCUUGCUACUAUAACUUCUUGGAAAUUUACUGCUAUUUGACAUGUAACCCUGAAAUGAGUGACUCGGUAUCGGUGAAGGAGUAUGAUGAUGGCGGUUCUGUUGUAAAGUCUGUUAACUAUGUAAUGUCCACGGACUUUGCAUUUGGUAUGUACAAUUCCUGCAAAAACGUGGAAAUGCCGAGUGCUAAUGAGUUGGCUCUGAACUUGUUUUGUGGACGUACAGCUGACAAGUGCACACCAUACAAUUGGCUGCAGUACAUGGGAGAUACAUCUAAUGGGCACACCCCGUUUGAGAUAGAUUUCUAUAUUCAAGAUGUUCCUUGGACAUCGCCAAGCAAUGUAACCAGCGUUCCUAUGAAUUCUUCAAUCACACCCUGUUAUAAAAAAUAUAUGAAUGAGUCAGCGUGUAGCUGCCAAGACUGUGAAGCUAGCUGUGCUCCAAUUCCUCCAAUCCCACCUCCAGAUGUGGUGCCAAAAGUCCUUGGAAUAGAUGCAUGGUAUUUCAUCACGGCAUGCUGUUAUCUGGUUUUCAUAAUUGUUUUUGGAAUUUCUGUUAUGUGGCAUAACAUAAUGACAAGAAAUGCAUUUGGAAUAUAUACAGCGGAAGAGCAGACAAAAUCCGUUGAAAGUGACGUGUAUCAAAUUAACGGGGCAAAUACCGCCCGCAGGAGGAAGAAGAAAAUGAUGAAAAAGGCAGACCACCCAACUAUUCAACCAGAAGAUAUAAACUGUUUGGAGAAACUUGGAGAGAAAAUGGAAUCUUUCCUUCAGAGGUCCUUCCAAAUGUGGGGUACAUUUUGUGCCAAACAUCCAAUUGUUGUGUUGGUAGGAGGAAUUAUCCUGGGGGCAGCGCUGUGUGCAGGCAUCCCUUUCCUCAAGGUCACUACCAAUCCUGUUGAUCUUUGGUCAUCGAAAACCAGCACUGCAAGGACACAAAAGGAAUAUUUUGACUCUCAUUUUGGUCCUUUCUACCGUACAGAACAGCUGAUCGUUACUCGGCCAAACAACCAUAGCUACGUCCAUCAUAAAUUGCCACCGCCAAGUAUUGCCUACACAAACUACUCUAAUAUGUUUGACAAAACCUUCCUUCACAUGCUCUUGGACCUGCAACUACAAAUACAAAACAUCACAGCAACCCAUGAAAACAAAACAGUGCAUUUGGAAGACAUAUGUUUUCAACCCCUCUCUCCAUCAAACAAGGGAUGCACGAUUCAGAGUCCACUGGAGUACUGGCAGGAAAGUCAUGAAAACCUUGAUGCAGUUGUGUGGGAAACUAUCUACAAAUUUAAUAUCAAAGCUAACUACCUGGACCAUGCAGAGUACUGUAUCAGUGCACCAGCUACUACCUGGGAUACAACUGGUCUCAACCAAUCAUGUCUCUCUGUCAGUGGUCAGCCAGUCUUCCCUUGGGUUGUAAUGGGCGGUUUUGAUGGCUCAGACUACAAAUCAGCAACUGCAUUUGUCAUUACUUUUGUCGUAAAUAACCACCUCGAGGAGUCCCUUAAUGGACCAGCAGAAGCCUGGGAGAAAGAGUUCAUUAAAUUCAUGAAAAAUUUCUCCAGUCCAAAUAUGACCAUUGCAUACUCAUCAGAGCGUUCCAUUGAAGACGAGAUAAAUCGUGAGAGUAAUUCGGACAUCUUGACCAUCCUCAUCAGUUACCUGAUCAUGUUUGGGUACAUCUCUCUGACCCUUGGACAACUCAACCACUGCUACUGUCUUGGGGAGCGUUUGGACCGAUUGUUGGUCGACUCCAAGAUUUUGUUAGGUUUGGCAGGUGUCACCAUUGUACUUAUAUCAGUCGGAGCCUCUAUUGGAUUCUUCAGCUUCUGUGGUAUACCUGCUACUUUAAUUAUUGCCGAAGUUGUACCAUUCCUGGCUCUCGCUGUUGGAGUUGACAACAUCUUCAUUUUAGUCCAGAGUUAUCAGAGAGAUGUAAGGUCACCAAAUGAAUCCCUAGAGGAUCAGAUCGGAAGAAUUGUCGGACGCGUUGGGCCUUCCAUGUUACUAUCAAGUCUUACUGAGACUGUAGCCUUCUUCUUAGGAGCGCUUACGGACAUGCCUGCGGUGAAGGUGUUCUCCAUGUAUGCUGGUAUGGCUGUCUUCAUCGACUUUCUCCUGCAGAUCACAUGCUUUGUGGGACUGAUGACAUUGGACGCCCGUCGGCAAGAGAGUCAGCGUUAUGACAUGUGCUGCUGUGUACAAUUGCCCCCCGAGAAGAGUGAGAAGUCCGAGGGAUGGCUGUUCCGAGUGGUUAAAUACUAUUACUCUCACUUCCUACUGAAGGAGUGGGUUCGACCCAUUGUCGUUUUAGUGUUCACCGGCUGGAUGGCUGUCAGUUUUGCUUUUAUACAUAAAGUUGAUGUCGGUCUUGACCAGAAACUCUCCAUGCCUGAUGAUUCCUAUGUACUUGACUACUUCACCAAUCUGUCGGAGUACCUGCAUGUUGGUCCUCCAGUAUACUUUGUAGUCGAAGAUGGACAUGAUUAUGUGACAAUGCAGGGGCAGAAUGAGAUUUGUGGAGGAAAUGGAUGUCCACAAGACUCACUAGCUGGCCAGGUGUAUACAGCCUCUCUCAGGUCUAAUUAUUCCAGGAUCGCUCAACCUGUGUCCUCUUGGUUAGAUGACUACUUCAGCUGGCUUAACUCUGGAGGACAUCCACAAUGCUGUCGCUCCUACACCAAUAAUGGCAGCUUCUGUUCGUCUGAAGUGCCUGACAAUGAAACCUUGUGCCAGCCCUGUAAACUCCACGGAGCGAUCAAUGGCCACCCUGUAAAACAGGAUUUCAUGAAAUAUCUACCCUGGUUCCUGAGUGACAAUCCAGGAAGCGUGUGUGCUAAAGGUGGACAUGCAGCCUAUGGAAGUGCUGUAGAUCUGGUCAACAACAAGACUAGGGUUGGAGCUACUUACUUCAUGACUUAUCACACGAUACUGAAGACAUCCACAGACUACAUAGAUGCUCUGAACCAUGCCAACUCCAUAUCACAAAACAUCACUGGGUUUUUACAAUCCAAAGGCAAACAGUACAAAGUCUUCCCUUACAGCAUUUUCUAUGUGUUCUAUGAGCAGUACCUAACCAUGUGGAAGGCCACCAUCACCAACCUAGCCCUCUGUAUAGUUGCUAUAUUUUUCGUGGCAUUUAUCCUGCUCGGAUUUGACAUUUUCUCGGCGCUGAUGAUUGUCAUUACAAUCCUGAUGAUCAUUAUAGACAUGCUUGGUUUCAUGUAUUUAUGGGAUAUAUCGCUCAAUGCUCUGUCCCUCGUCAACCUGGUCAUGGCAAUAGGUAUCUCUGUGGAGUUCUGUGCCCACAUUACACGUGCUUUUGCUGUUAGUCUUCUGCCAACGCGUGUUGAAAGAGCAAGGGAAGCAUUAGCCAAUAUGGGAAGCUCGGUGUUGAGUGGAAUCACACUGACAAAGCUUGGAGGUAUUAUUGUGAUGGCGUUCUCCAAGUCUCAGCUUUUCCAAGUUUUCUAUUUCCGCAUGUACUUGGGAAUGGUGAUCUUUGGAGCCAGUCAUGGUCUUAUAUUCUUACCAGUUCUCCUCAGUUAUAUAGGGCCACCAUUGAAUAAAGCUAAGCUUUUCAGACAACAGCUUGUGAAAAAAUCCUCAGACUAUAUCCAGGAACAGGAUACAGAAAGACUUAUAGCUAAUGAGAGUUUAAGCGAUGAUCCUCCAGAUUAUGGAACAUUGUAGUCAUGGGGAUAGCAGUAUAAAAGCAAAGUCAUGUGAUAUUGUAUCGCCAAACUUUGCCAUUAAAAGUUAAAAAUAAAUCCUGAACCACUCUGAAUAUGCUAUAUAAAUUCCAACAUUUUGUGAUUAUCAAAAUAUAUAUAAAAGAUGUUCUUGUGGGAUACUAGAAAUUUUGUGAUAGUUAUCUCCCUUUGCUUUAAGGGGGGGGGGGGAAACCCAACUUUUCUUUUGAUACUAGAGAUUUUGUGAUAAUGAUUUUUCGCGUGCUUUUCAAAUUUUGUUCAUAUAGUGAUUGAGAAGGGCAUCAUUAUGACCAAACCUUGUGAAUCAAAUUUAUAAACAUUUCUCAUUUACCCAGUGUGACCAACCAUUCCAUAAAAAUACUUUUACAUCUUGAAGAAAAACUGAACAAAGUUCUUGAAAUACUUUUCUUCAAUUUGCAAUAUUUGAGAUUGACUUCUUACUAAUAGAAAUAAUUCAAACACUUUGUAAAUCUUGCAUCAGAUUUUUUCAAGUAGCAUGAAUGCUGUAGGUGGUUCAGGGACUUUGGGUGACAAAGGGCUACAGAGUUUGACUAUUAUGUGUUUCUAUAAGAGCAACAGACUUUGACAAUUAUGUGUUUCCUUAAAACAUGUUGUAACAAUAUAAUGCUAUAUAAGUACAUUUUUGAAAUGUUAAUUUUGUUACCGCCGAAUUUGAUAAAUAUACAUGAGUGUGUCUUUGCCAGUCCUGUUCUUUGGCUUCAUCUUGACAAGGUUCAGGAGGAAAUGUUGGUUGUUUUUCUGCACAAACAUUAUCCUAGUAUUUCAGAAAUUUCACCAGACAAUCUAGAGACAAGGAUACUGGUACAAAGCUUCAUUAAUGCUGGUAAAUGAUAUUCAAUAUUCAUUCUUUUACAAAGUUAUGUUGUUUCAAUAAAGAAGUUGCAGUAUUAAUAUUUCAGUAAUUGUGGGGUCACACAGUCCCAUUUUUACUGAUGAACAGAUAUCAAGUUUAAUUGAUAAAUAUCCAUCAGGAAUGACGAUUUUUUUUUGGUCGUUUCAAAUAGAUGUUUAAGGAUUACAAAUAUGUAGAAGUAGAUGGUACAUACUUUACUCAGGUAACUUAAUAUUUACAUGACACGUAUUAUACAUUUUGUCUGAAAUAAAAUUAAGUAAAGAAACACUUUACAAACUAUGUUUAUUAACUUUGAGAAAUAAAUACACAUAGCUGUAAUGAGAGAAAUUCCCGUUUGUAUUCAUGUUUUCUAACGGAUAAAGUUGUUACUAUUACCUAUAUCUUAAUUGUAUUUCUGUACAACCUGCCUGAGUGAGCUGUGUGUCUGUUACAGAGUGUUUGAGGUUAGUUACAGUAUGAUAUCGCCCAGUAAGCCUUGUAACUGUUGAUGAAUGUGUAAACCAUUGUAUCAUCACUAUCAAAUCCAUUGUCAUCUUCAUUAUGUAUGUUUUAAUUAUCACAAUAAUGAGAUUAUUCAAAAGUUAGAUAUACAUCUAUACAUCAUAUGUUUUCCCAUAUUUAAGGUCAUUUAAUUUAUAACUGUAUGUAUGUUUAGUUCUUUUUGUUUAAUAUGUUGAAUAUGUAAUUAACACCAUCAACAUUAAAUUAGGACGUCCUCUAGAUUCGUUAUUAAUUUUCUUUCUGUUAUUGAUUUUUGUCCAUGCCAAUGAUAUUCUUCAAUUAGUAUUUAUUAGAGCACUGUUGACAAAGUGAAGUGUAUAGGGUAAGGAUGAUGAUAGGUUUUAACCUGAACCUUUCAACCCCUCAUUAAUCACUAAGGAGAUAAUAUGUCUGUGUUAGUGAGUGGGCGGCAGCACAGAUAAAGAAUAAUGUCCUUAACGAGAUUUUUAUUUGGAGCAAUUUUUGAGUUUUUGAAUUUGGUUAUUAAAAGGAAAUAAUUCAUGAUGAGAUUAAAAUUACCUUAGAGGAGGGGGUGGGGGGUUUGACUAAUGGUGACAUUUUAAAAAGUGAAAGAUAAUUUCAAAAACCAAACUACCUUGAUCUUCGUCAUACAAUAAAUAAGACUUCCCAGAUUUUUACAUAAAGUGUUUUGAAGUUAUCUAGUCAUUUGUAAAACUUCUGUAGAUUAUGACUAUGUCAUUUUGAUCAUUAAAUUACACAUCAAUAAUACCGUUACGACCCCCUUAAAAUAUGGUUUCAAUUUAACAGAAUGGAUUUUUAGGGAAUAAGAAUGUUUAUUUUGUGGGUCUAAUUAAGUAUAGAAGUUUGCAACAACAAAGAAACCAAAUUCUACCAGGCAAGUAUACCGUAAUUGCAGUGUAUAAUUAUAAGGCAAAUGUCAUUCAUAGUGUUUAGAAUCUUGUAUACUGCGUAUUUAAUAGUUAUGAUAACCAGUAACCAAAUUAUGAUGAUAAAAGCAGAAUUUUAGAUGUUCGCAAUCUUCUGUUUCUGUUUUAAUAAAUUCACAAUUAAUUGCUAUGUUAAAUAACACUAUAUACAUAAUAUAUAAUUGAUAUACCAUAGGUAGGCACAAGUUCAAUUUGAUGUAUACUCUAUCUACAUAUAUAGAGUGUAUAUAUUAUUUUACUAGGGUGUCGGAUAUCUAUGCAUUAAUGUUUCUAUGAAAAAAAUUCUGAUACAUUUUACUUUCUUUCUAUAAGCUGGAUAUUAAUCUCUAAAAAUUCUAGAUAAUAUUCAUACAAUAUACUCGUUUGAUGAUGAUGUACUUGCCAUGAAGUCUGGGGGUACAUUUAUGUUAAUAAUUAUUCACAUCAUUUCUCUAGAAUAAUGGUUACAGCUGUAUUGUCACUUAACAUUGACUUAAGGUUUACAUACCUACUUAAUGCCAGGACAGUAAGUGUAAAAUCCUUGUAAUAAAUAUCUGUAUGUACAUUAUACUGUGGUGUCUAUGGACCUGGGAAAAGGAAAUAAUAAUUAUGUAUAGCUGUUAAGUUUUGUAAGGCAAAUAUUCCGUAGUUGUCCCAGUUCGGGCCAUUUCAUUGAAAUUAACUUUCAAACAUAUAUGGAGAAGUAUUGGUAUAAAAAAACCAGGUUUAUUUGCCAGGUAUUUCAUUUUGCACUCUCUUAAUUGACUACAGAUAAAGAUAUAUGACAGGUUUGUGUGAAAGCAUUGACACUUAGUGCUAUGUGAUUAUUAUACACAUGGGAUAUGUCACAUAUUGUGAUGUUUCUUCAAAUUAUGCUAACAGACCUGGAAACUUAGUGCUGUGUUAAAUUUGCACUUGUUAAAAUACUUACAGUGUGUUAUUGUGUGCGGAGAUUAAAACAUUUCGCAUCUGAUAAUGUGAAAAAAUUAUUUUCAACAAAUUUAAGCAAUUUGGAAAGAAAAGACUUUUGUCUAUAAAUUCUUUAAAUAUUUCAAAAAAAAGAGAGAGAGAAAUCAUUUAGUAGCAUUAAAGUGAUUUGAUGCUAUUUUGUGUUGAUUGUAUCCACUUUGUAUAAUGUAGAGUGUAUGAGUGCUUACAGGUAAAGUUUUAAUGUUUAGUUCUUCCUGUUUCCCAUAUGUUAUUGAUGCAGGCAACGGUUGGUGCUGUUUAGUCUGUUAUAGACAGAAGGAGUCUGUUGUAUAUUAUACAAACAUCGGUGCAGUAAGAGAAAAAUAAAACAAUGGAUUAUUUUAUGUUGUGUAUGUGAUAACAGAUCAAAUAAAUACACUAUAUAA